CACAUAGCCUAUAUAAAUAAUAUCACUAUCAUUUUGAGUCAUUUAAGAUUAUUUGCUCAAUUUAAGAUCGAAAGCAUUAUUUUGAGAAAACGCACCGAGAAGAAAUCGGCCUCGGAUUCCCACAAUGCCGAGCGUCUGAUCCGCGGAUCAGUGCGCCUGUCGUGAGAGUCGCACCACGAGAGACGCUUGUUUCCAUCCGCUUCUGUCACCCCGUCGCACCAGCAGAUAUGUCCUAUUCUUCAAGUGCACAUAUAAACACGAACAACAGAAAAAGGAGGCUGAACGAUGGUCAAGAAGCACCACAGGGCCGGAGCCUGCUGGCCAGUCCCCACAACGCGCGUCUCUGUCAGCACCUCUGUGGAGGUCCAUGCUCUGACUCUGCAGACUGCUCCCACAGCCCCUCUCCGUCCCCAGGACAGGCGGGCACCACACAAUGCCACAGCUCUCACGUUUGUGAGGACGUCAGGGAGGAGGGUCUCGGAAGGACCAGGAUACGAGCCGAGAACGAGGUGGAGGCCAACAAACUGGUCAACAACUACAGAUUUGGUUUUAGAAAGUGGAAGAGCCAUGUGACAGAGCGCCCAUUUGAAGACCGUUCAGAAGCUGUGAAAGAGCUCUACUCUGAGCUUAAUGUCAUAAAACCAAGCACAGGUCACCUAGUCUCUGUUGGAAACAUAGUUUAUGUGUUUCUGUUCGGUUGGUGGGUGGCUCUGGUUUACCUACUGGUCUGCAUACUCAUGUUCACCACUGUCAUUGGGACACCGUAUGGGAAGCUUUGCUGGCGGUUAUCGUGGUACUUUCUCUGGCCUUUUGGUAAAACCAUCCAGGAGACAGGGAACGGGUGUAUGCACUGCAGUGCGAUGUCUCCCUACUGUGCUUGUAACAAUGGACGGGAGGAUGUGGUCCCCAUUCUACUGCCUUCCCCCACAGAGACCCCAGACUCGGUGGGGCCAAUCCCUCGAGGAACCCCCUACUGGCGGCGGUUCACCACGUACGUGUGGCUGCUUCUGGGCUUCCCUCUGCUGGCCGUGGUCCACUCCCUGGUCUGCGUCCUGGCCUGGACGCUGGUCUUCACCAUCCCUGUGGCCAAGAUGAACGCCCGCAUGCUGGGCACCAUACUGAUUAUGCCCCCCGAGGACGUGUCCGUCACCACGGGCUCAGAGAGAAGUGGAUACGGGUCAAAAGCACUCCUCUGUUGUUCGAAUGCAACCAACUGGCACUACUACAAGUACACUGUGGAUGGAAUCAACGUGUUUGCCGUCAAUCUGCUUCCCCUGGUAAUCGUUGCCAUGGUAAUUGGGUACAUUGACACAGGAAACCAGUAUGCCAGCUCCAACUUAAAGUUUGGCAUAGCGGUCAGUUCCAUUAUCCCUCUGUCUUACUACAUCGGGAUGGGCAUCGCCAGUAUCUCGGCCCAGAGUAACUUUGCGGUGGGUGCGCUGGUGAACGCCACGUUCGGCUCCAUCACUGAGAUGACCUUCUACAUCACAGCCCUGAUCAGAGGUCACAAGGCAGGCAACCCCUGCCUGCAGGAGAUAGUGAAGGCGGCGCUGACCGGCACCCUGUUCGGCUGCAUCCUCUUCAUCCCUGGCAUCAGCAUGGUGGUCGGGGGGCUGAAACACAGCGAGCAGCGAUUCAACAGCCGGUCUACAGGGGUGGGCUCUGCCCUGCUCUUCAUCUCUGUAGGAGGUGUGUUUGCGCCCACCCUGUUCUCCAAGGCCUACGGGAACCUGGUCUGUGACGCCUGCACAACCUCUGCUGGAGGCAACGCCACCUUUACCUGCCACGACUGCCACUACGAUCUGAACAACUCUACACUGUUCCAUAACCAUGUUGAACCGCUUGUGUACUCGGUCUGCGUGCUUCUGCCCGUGGCCUACAUCAUCGGCCUGAUCUUCACCUUGAAGACACACUCCCACAUCUACGACAUCCAGGUUGGAGAGGGACACGCCGAGGCCCCGGGGGGGGCGGUUGUCCACUGGUCUCGCUGGAGGUCCCUGCUGAUCCUCAUCAUGGCCACCCUGCUCAUGUCUGCGUGCGCCGACCUGGCCACUCAGCACAUCCAGCCCAUCCUGCACCAGCCCAACAUCUCCCAGUAUUUCAUAGGCGUGACAGUCAUCGCCAUGGUCCCAGAGAUCCCAGAGAUCGUCAACGGGAUCCAGUUCGCCCUUCAGAACAACAUCAAUCUCAGCUUGGAGGUGGGAAGCUGCAUUGCUGUACAGGUCUGCAUGCUUCAGAUUCCACUGCUGGUCUUAUUCAACGCCCUCUAUGAUGUGGGCUUCGUGCUGAUCUUCAGCGACCUGCACCUGUGGGCCAGCAUCUUCAGUGUCAUCGUGGUCAACUACAUAUUGAUGGAUGGGAAGUCAGACUAUUUUCAAGGUACUGCUCUGGUGGUGGUCUAUCUCAUCUUGCUGGCCCUCUACUUCUUCGCUCCGUCUCCGCUGGGCUGCUGAUGUUCACAUCGUUUUAACCCCCUUAAGAGAUUUUAACCAAACGAUUGUGAUCCUCAAAGUAAAUAUUGUUGACUAAUAAUAUAAUGGUAUCUAUUAUUAUUAUUAUUAUUAUUAUGUGCUGUUACCUCCAGUUUGUACAGAAUCGUAGCAAGGUCUAUUUUAACGUCUCAGGUACUAUUAGGCUUCCCAGUUGCACUUUAUGGGGCUUAAUACAUAUUUGGCAGAUUUAUGAAAAAUAAAUCAUGCUCAUGCACAAUAAAUGUGGCCCAACUGUGCCGUGGUAUUUCUGUAUUUCUUUUCUAUGUUAUCAGAAGUAAUUUUGUAGAUAAGCCUUAACAAAUAUAUUAUUGCAACUAAAUCCUACUAGAUUAUUAAAAGACUUGAAUUCAU